UGGUUAUAAAAUCAGGCGUGGAUGGCCCAGCUCUACACCACCAGUCUCAACCAAGCCAGAGAUAUCGUCAUUUGACUGAAGGAGAUUCGGCAGAAACGAGAUGAAUUUCAGCAUCUUUGCUAUACUUUUGGGAAUCGUAGGUGUUACCUGGGGCUCACCUCUCUCAGCAUUACAUGGAACAAGGGUUGCAAGAGAUGUCGGAGGCGCAGCACCACCACGUUGUGUUAUUCCGCCACUCUGGGAAGCAAAAUCAACAAUCAUCACUAAACAAGGCAACGCGUCACCGACGGCGCCACUAACCACGAAUAUUGCUUACGAUAGAAACAAUAGACGUAUGAGAGCUGAAAGCUUCAUCGACGUAACGAAUGGUAUCAAUCAAUAUAUCCAUAUAAAGGAUGAUCAUCUUAUAACAUAUCUACCAGUGACAGAAAAAUGCUUCACUAAUGACGUUUCAACCGAUAUGAUGUUCAAGACAUAUGAAGUGUCGGCAAAUGCAACAUACUUCGGAAGAACAAAGCUGGGAGAUGUUUGGCACCACAAACAGGGGUUUCCAGUAUUUCCUGGUCCAAAUCUCAAAACGGGCAUGGCAGAUAUCUAUCUUACAUUGACUGAUGAUGGGAGCUGUUUACCUGUGUCAAUAACAGCUCACCUCAGUUCACUUAAGGUGAACGCAACUAUAUCAUUCGACGACAUAACAAUCGGGAUUAAAGACACAAGCAUAUGGGCGAUUCCAGACUAUUGCUAGGGCGUCACCUGCAUACUUUCUAGGGUCCCGCCGGUAUUCCGAAAACGCUGCCCGAGGGAUUCUAACAGUGCACUUACUUCAGCGAAUGAAAAGUAUACAGGCCUGUUACCAGCCAAUUCACUCAUUCAAAGUGUACAUUAAUAAAGGCACUCCUGCAUUAA